ACGAGGCGAGGAUGAUUGAUUACCUUAACGAGUUCGUUAAGACAUGCGUGGGGGACCCUCGCCACCAUUGCUCUUUUGUCCAGACCACCGGCGAACGGAACUGGGAUCCUAAACGUGACAUGUAUUGGAAAUUGUCGGGGAACAAAAUGACGGAGGUUUGGGACUUCCUUUUCCAACCAGGACCGCCUGCUCAGACCGACCUGGAAUACAAUCGACAGAGAAACCUGGUGUUCGGUGUGCUGAAUGAUUACCACGAUGCACCCAGGGAGUCUGUCUCAAAUUUCCUGAAAAGGAUGGAACACAUUUUCUUCUUGAUGGUCGAGCCGCUGACCCUCGAAAACUACAAGGCGCAGUUUGACGAGGAGAACCCUUUCGACGCUGAAGACAUGGAGGAGUUGAGCGACUCCGAAACCUUCGAUUUCGAGUCCAUGCCACUUCCUCGGGUGGUUGCACAGGUUGAUGAUGAAGGGGAAGGUGUUUCUUGGAGAUAUAGCGCGUCCCCUGCCGGUUUGAAGCGUGUGUUUGAGCGCGAAACAGUCGAGGACCAAUCGUCUGAUGACGAGGAAGAAGAGAGAGACUAUGAGUACGAACCUGGUGACAAGCUCCCUAAGGACCAUGAAACCUGGGAGAAUGACAGGCUCUUCUUCUGCGGGAAGCACCACCGGUUCACAAUGGAGGAUGUCUGGGGCCACAACGUCGUCUGGCACCCCAGGAAAUUCCAACCUGUUGUAAAGAAUGGAAAGUGGGUCAUAGCAAUAAAGGAAGCCGAUGGCAAGUGGACUGGCCUGAACAGACUGGGAGCGCGUCCAUUUAAGAAAAAGGCCAGAAGCUCGACGAGCUGUACGACAACAAAAUGUUGCAAUUUUGAGCGCCUUUCUACACACUCGAAACGGCACCGUCUCGUGGAAUUGACUAGUGCAUGCCGCAACCUCCUGCGGGUGGUCAGCAUCCGAGAGGCGGUGGAGGAGGAGACGGAGGAGACGACGGAGGUGACGGAGGAGACGACUCAGGAUCUCAUGGAGGAGGUGACAGAGGAGACGGCUCAGGAUCUGUUGGAGGAGGUUAGGGAGGAGACGGCUCACGAUCUGCUGGAAAGGGGUCAGGCGGAAAGGGGUCGGGCAGAAAGGGGUCGGGUGGAAAGGGGUCGGGCGGAAAGGGGUCGAGCGGGAAGGGGUUGGGCGGAAAGGGGUCGGGCGGAAAGCAUAGAGCGUUCGGGAGUCGCGAGUCUAGGGAAACUGAUAGACACCGCAGGGAGUCGAGAUUCCGACAUGCGAGACGAGGCCGCCUUGAAGUCUUAUCAAGUGCGAGUAGAUUCGCACUUGUCUGCGAGGAUUUUGUUUCCCGAUGUCGAGGAAAGUCUGUCCCACCGUACACAACCGACGUCUCCUGUGCACAACACCUUGCUCCUGCACCUCUUGGAAGAGGGUGAACGUCUGCAGCAUACGGCAGUAUCUCCUGAGCCGCAAAACCAUUCCUUGGCAGGAAGUGCGUCUUCGUUUUGCCUGGAGGCUGGGAUGCCUUCAUUGCAAAGGCGUGAAAGUGCGACCGUCAGUUCGCUCAGCUCCGACGAGCGCCUCAAACUCCGAAUAGAUUCGGAGUUACUGACGUCGCUUUGCGGGCCUUCCGCCAGCAGUGCUCGCCGCAAAGUCCGAAUAGAUUCGGAGUUACUGAUGUCGCCUUGCAAGGCUUCCGCCAGCAGUGCUCCUACCGCUACAGUUCCGCGGGGCGAAGAAAAUGCCAGAAGCUCGACGAGCUGUACGACAACAAAAUGUUGCAAUUUCGAGCGCCUUUCUACACACCCGAAACGGCACCUUCUCGUGGAAUUGACUAGUGCAUGCCGCAACCUCCGAUGGGUGGUCAGCAUCCGAGAGGCGGUGGAGGAGGAGACGAAGGAGACGGCGGAGGUGACAGAGGAGACGACUCAGGAUCUCAUGGAGGAGGUGACGGAGGAGACGGCUCAGGAUCUGUUGGAGGAGGUGAGGGAGGAGACGGCUCACGAUCUGCUGGAAAGGGGUCAGGCGGAAAGGGGUCGGGCAGAAAGGGGUCGGGUGGAAAGGGGUCGGGCGGAAAGGGGUCGGGCGGGAAGGGGUCAGGCGGAAAGGGGUCGGGCGGAAAGCGUAGAGCGUUCGGGAGUCGCGAGUCUAGGGAAACUGAUAGACACCGCAAAGAGUCGAGAUUCCGACAUGCGAGACGAGGCCUCCUUGAAGUCUUAUCAAGUGCGAGUAGAUUCGCACUUGUCUGCGAGGAUUUUGUUUCCCGAUGUCGAGGAGAGUCUGUCCCACCGUACACAACCGACGUCUCCUGUGGACAACAGCUUGCUCCUACACCUCUUGGAAGAGGGUGAAUGUCUGCAGCAUACGGCAGUAUCUCCUGAGCGGCAAAACCAUUCCUUGGCAGGAAGUGCGUCUUCGUUUUGCCUGAACGCCGGGAUGCCUGCAUUGCAAAGGCGUGAAAGUGCGACCGUCAGUUCGCUCAGCUCCGACGAGCGCCGCAAACUCCGAAUAGAUUCGGAGUUACUGACAACGCUCUGCGGGCCUUUCGCCAGCAGUGCUCGCCGCAAAGUCCGAAUAGAUUCGGAGUUACUGAUGUCGCCCUGCAGGGCUUCCGGCAGCAGUGCUCCUCACGCUACAGUUCCACGGGGCCAAGAAAAUGUGAGGUCCAACCCCUCGCAUCUUCAGUUGGGCACAGUGUUCCCCUGCUCACCGUCGUUCUCAUAUGUUGAGACUCAAGACUGGCAGUGUCGCAAAGUGUUGGAGGGGCCCGCUGCAGGAGUGUUGGAGACCGGGGGUAGCGAGUAUGAACUUCCUGGGGAAGAGGAGCUCUCACCGGGAGCGCAUGCUGUACAGCGGGAAGAGGAGACUCAACACUGGCAGUUUCGCAGAGUGUUGGAGACCAGGGCUAGCAAGUAUGGACAUCCUGCUUCGGAGGUUGCGUCCGUCGACUCUGAGAGCAAGAGUACAACAGCUCCGGGGGAAGAGGAACCCUCACAGGAAGCGCAUGAUGCUCUGCAGCGGGAAGAGGAGACUCAACACUGGCCGGCUUGCGAAGUGUUGAAGGGCCUCGAUGCAGGAGUGUUGGAGACUGGGGCUAGCGAGCACGAACGAGUGUUGGAGACUGGGGCUAGCGACCAUGAACGUCAAGCUUCGGAGGGUGCAUCCGUCGACUCGGAGAGCAAGAGUACAGCAGCUCCAGGGGAAGAGGAACUCUCACAAGAAGUGCAUGCUCUGCAGCGGGAAGAGGAGACUCAACACUGGCCGGCUCGCGAAGUGAUGAAGGGGCUCGACGCAGGAGUGUUGGUGACCGGGACGUCCAAAGAGGUUCUGUACAGUCGGUCGGUUGUGGCGACGACGCAAGAGGAUGACGUUAAGGGAGGUCAGUGGACGUUUGUGGAAGGCAAUGACCGUGGGGAGGAAGGACGUACGUGGACGUUCGUGGAAGCUCGGCUUCUUGGCGAUGAGGAAGGCGAAGAAGAACCCGUAGUGGAAGCUCGGGUUCAUGGCGAUGAGAAAAGCGAAGAACCCGUGGUGGAAGGUGGUGAGGUGGCGAUUGGCAUCCAGAUGGAUCCAGAGCAGAAAGAUCAUGAUUCUCCGUCCACCCGUUGCGGUGAAGAACAAGGUGAUCGAGCAUCUGUCCUCAGUACCGGUCGGGAAAUGGUACUUCAUGGGUAGCGACUCAGCUGCCACCGAGCUGGUUAGCGACUCAGCCGUGGCCGAGGUGCAGAACGU